UGGGCAUACACGACUGACGCUGCGCUACAAUGAGAUUCGUUAGGUGUGUUGAGUCCGCUUUUCCAUCUGAUUUACUUUUAAUAUGGAUAUUUUUCACGAUAUCGAUAUCAGCGAUCAUAGCAGGGCUGGACAUCGGGCCUUUAGAGGACUGUCCGCUGGGCCAUUUUCCAUGUGGCAAUGUGAGCAUAUGUCUGCCGCAGGUUCUCCACUGCAACGGCCAGAAAGACUGCCCCAACGGAGCUGACGAGGACAAUUGUGGGGAUAACAGUGGCUGGGCUGACCUCUUCGACCGGGCAUUUAAAAGGGCUAAUCCAAAAGAUCUUACUACAGACUGCCAUUUGGAGCAGUACCCAGAUCACUGCCAGUGCAUUAACACGGAGGUCCACUGCGUGCGUGUCAGCUUGAAUUCCAUUCCGCAGGUGUCAGCCAGAGUUACCUCCCUGUCCUUGAAGAGCAAUGAGAUUCGCAUAUUACCUGACGAGGCUUUCAUCAAAAACAUGCAACUACAGAGACUAUUUCUCCAGGAAAAUUGCAUUGGAAUGGUUUCCAUUCUGGCUUUUAAUGGACUAUACAAGCUGCAAAAACUAUCUUUGAGCCAAAACUGCAUUUCUCUGCUUCCUCCUGGAGUGUUCAGUGAUCUUCAUAAACUCAAGUGGUUAAUUUUGGAUGGGAAUCCCAUUGCAACAAUUACAGCAAACACAUUUACUGGCCUGAGUUCCCUCUUUUUCCUGUCAAUGGUGAAUACCACUCUGGAACAUCUCCCCUCUGCCAGACUCUGUGCCCAUAUGCCCUUACUCAGCUGGCUGGACAUUGAGGGGAACCACAUAAAGACACUGGGCUUAUCCACCUUACUCACUUGUGAACAUCUUACUGUACUAUCACUGAGAGCGAAUCUACUCAAGAGUUUGCCGGAGAACACCUUCCAAUGCCUGCGCAUGCUGGGAGAUCUGGACCUGUCCAGUAAUUUGAUAAAGGAGCUUCCAAUCAGAAUAUUCAGGGAUUUGUCUUCUUUGCAAAUUCUGAAUCUAUCCAAAAACCCAUUGGACCAAAUCCAUCCAGGCCAAUUUGACCACCUUAUUCAUCUCCAGUCACUUGGCCUGGAGGGAGUGGAGAUCCCCAACAUCCAGACACGCAUGUUCCGGCCCAUGGAUAACCUGUCCUACAUAUAUUUCAAGAAGUUCCAGUACUGCUCUUACGCCCCACAUGUGCGAAAGUGUAAACCAAACUCAGACGGGCUCUCGUCUCUUGAGGAUCUGUUGGCUAAUGUAGUCCUUCGUGUGUCUGUGUGGGUCAUGGCUUUCAUCACCUGCUUUGGCAACCUGUUUGUCAUCGGGAUGCGGACGGUCCUGCGGGCUGAGAACAACCUGCAUGCUCUCUGCAUCAAGGUUUUAUGCUGUGCAGAUUGCCUGAUGGGGGUCUAUCUUUUUUUUGUGGGGGUCUUUGAUGUGAAGUUCCGUGGCGAGUAUAACAAGAACGCCAAGCUGUGGAUGGAGAGCCUAGAGUGUCGUACCAUUGGCUUCAUGGCUAUGCUGUCCUCCGAAGUUUCUGUCAUGUUGCUCACCUACUUGACGAUGGAGAAAUUUGUGGUCAUUGUUUUUCCAUUCAGUCACCUACGACCAAGCAAGGGUCAAACUUUUGCUGUCCUGACCUCUAUAUGGCUCCUGGGAAUCUGUAUAGCUGCUGUGCCACUAUUCAAUGAGGAUAUGUUUGGCAAUUACUAUGGACACAACGGCGUGUGUUUCCCCCUUCACUCAGAGCGCAUGGAAAAGCCCAUUGCGAAAGGAUAUUCAACUGGAAUUUUUCUUGGACUUAACCUGGUGGCCUUCCUCAUCAUUGUCAUCUCCUACUCCAGCAUGUUUUAUUCCAUCUAUAAGACUGGCAUCAAUGCCACAGAGCUGCGUGGACGGCUGCACAAGGAUGUGGCCAUGGCCCACCGCUUUUUCUUCAUCGUGUUCUCUGAUGCCCUCUGCUGGAUUCCCAUAUUCCUGGUCAAAAUCCUCUCUCUGCUGGAAGUGGAGAUACCAGGAACCAUCACAUCAUGGUUGGUGAUCUUCAUCCUCCCAAUCAACAGUGCCUUGAAUCCCAUCCUUUACACGCUGACGACCAGCUUAUUCAGAGAACAGGUGAAACUUCUAUGGUGCCAUUGGCAGAGACAACCAAGACUCAAACAGGACCGCAAGAGUCUCACAAGCUCUGUUAUUUACAUGGACCCCUCAAGGUCCUCCUACUACCACCGCACCCACAAUCAGACAUAGACACCAGUUGUAGAUGAAGAUGUCCAUUUGCAUAUGCUGGAUUUUGAACUUUGUCUGUAGUGGAUCUACAGUGUCACAAAAAUGUCCUUAGAGGUGGACUAGAGGUGGACAAGCAUUACCACAGGAUCAUGGACUACGUAUGCAUAGGACUACAAUGCUUUACAUUGUAGUCCUAUGCUUGAUAAAACACUUGGAGCUGUUAUGGUUGGACAAUAAUGCAAGAAAGUGUUCAAAUUUACCAUAAAAAGCAAGAUAUCCAUUCACUGUGUUUGAACUCUUGGGAGUUCAUUGUCCACGAAAUGAAAAUCUCCUGAAGAUCUCCUACUACCUCACUUGUCAGUAGGUUUUUGGGUAUAAACUGAUCUGUUUUGUGAGAUGUGCCAGAGAGUCGGUAGGCUUUUAAACUGUGCAACAUCCAU